AUGUUCGAAGACAUUGCUGCUGCAACAAACAGUUUCCAUGACACAAACGUACUUGGGAAAGGAGGUUUUGGCAAAGUCUAUAAGGGAGUACUAGAAGAUGGAAAGGAAGUUGCUGUUAAAAGGCUUAGCAAGGGUUCUGAUCAGGGGAUAAAGCAUUUUAGAAAUGAAGUGGUUCUUAUUGCCAAAUUGCAGCACAAGAAUCUAGUUAGACUUCUUAGCUGUUGUAUUCAUGAGGAUGAGAAGUUGCUUAUUUAUGAAUACUUACCCAACAAAAGCCUGGACCAGUUUCUUUUUGAUAUUGCAAGGAAGUUUAUGCUUGAUUGGCCAAAGAGGUUCAACAUAAUCAAAGGGGUAGCUAGAGGACUUAUGUAUCUCCACCAAGAUUCGAGAACGACUAUAAUCCAUAGAGACCUCAAGCCAAGCAACAUCCUGCUAGACGUGGAGAUGAACCCAAAAAUAUCAGAUUUUGGAAUGGCAAGGAUCUUUGGGGGCAACGAACAACAAGAAAGUACCAGACGAGUUGUUGGCACGUAG